AUGGGGAUUUUUUCCUUCAAUCCCUUUCGGGCUCGUGAGGCCCAGGCACCAAAGCUGCCCGUCUACAAUGAACUCCCUCCCCCAAAGGCACGCUCAACACGCCAUGCACGGAAAACACGCGCGGCGCGGUCGCCGACAAAGGAGCGCUAUUCCGAUACUAGCUCCACGUCAGACGAUUCCGAUGGCGACACAACCGAUUCAUCUACUUCCAGCUCCGGCAGCUCGAGGCGAACAUCGUCAUCUGCAGCGUCUGCCGCCGCGCUCAUGAUGCCCAAGAAGCGGCCUGUGGCUGUCGCUAACCGACGCUCUCCCGUUAGGAGAUAUCUUUAUCGAUUGCCCAACAAGGUCAUCCGGUACUUGUGUCUCGCCAUGAUGUCGACCAUCAUCAUUUUCAUGUUUGUGCUCAUCCGAGCGAGUCAGAUGGAGAAUAGGAGGAUAGCUGAGGGCAAGGUCGAGAAGAAGCCUGCGGACCCGCCCCCGUGGGAGAAUUUCGAUUUCCUCACUCGGUACUACGGUGGUGUCAAGUCUCUACUUCCUCUGUCCGACAACGUACCGCAGUACCCCCGGCUUGAGGAGGAGGGUGCCUACAACGCCACCGAGUCACAAACACAGCAUGGCCAAGAAGAGUCUGGGGAGCAGGGAUCCAAGCAAACCUCGAAGAAAAUGCCGUCGAGCAAGGCCUUCGUGGAUUACACCACUGCCAACAUCCCGAAAGUCGCUGAUGGCAUUCACGAGUGCUUCUUGGACAGCAAGAAUACCCUCAAGGCACCCUCGAUCCGUUACCUCGAGGGGCGCCCGGACGGUUUCCCGGACAACAUCCUUGGCUCCUACGAACUGUUCUCGCUUCCUGAAGACAUUUGUUUCGACCGCUACGGCAGAUACGGGCCUUACGGCUAUGGGUACUCUAUCUGGACUGGCGGUCUUGGAUUGGGUGAUCACGGCGACCGGGAAGGAUCCGAGGAGGUCUGGGGCCCUUCCAAGAAAACGGACUGGCGUCACAUCGACUGGGCUGCUGCUCAGCGGCGUUGCUAUCAAGCGAAUGCCGACCGUUUUGAACCACUCGCUGUACGUGACGCGCCGCCUCGCGGAUUUUACAUUGGUGAAGGCAUUCAAACCACCAAGCUCGCUGCCCGGGAAUCGCAAGAGACAAAGACCCCUGAAGAUUUCGUCGAAGAGGCUGCAAAGGAGACUGCCCAGGUCCGCGGCAGCUUGCAGAGGACGGCUGUCGUUCUCCGCUGCUGGGAUGAGUUUGUCUGGAGGGAAGAGGAUAUUGUCAACUUGAGAGCUCUUAUCUCCGAGCUGUCCCUCGCUUCCGGUGGCCGCUAUGACAUUCAUCUUCUCGUGCAGGUGCGUAAUGAUGCUCGCAACCCUAUCUGGGCGGACGACGAGGCCUACCGCGCCCGUAUCAACGAAACAGUGCCAGAGGAGUUCCGUGGGAUUGCCACCCUCUGGUCUGAAACCCAGAUGCUUGCAGUCUACCAGGGCCUCCGCGACCUUUGGACCAAGGGUCCCGAUCUUCCCGUUCACGGCUCGUACCGCGGUCUACAAAUGGCCAUGCAGCACUUUGCCUACAACCACCCAGAGUACGCGCACUUCUGGCAGUGGGAAAUGGAUAUCCGCUACACCGGGCAUUACCAUGACAUCCUCUCCAAGAUGGAGAACUGGGCCAAAGAACAGCCGCGUAAAGGGUUGUGGGAGCGCAAUGCUCGCUUCUACAUCCCCCAUGUUCACGGUACUUGGGAAGACUUCAAGCAGAUGUCCCGAGUGCAGACUGAGCACGGCACCGUUGGCGCUGACAACCUGUGGAACUCUGUGCCUGGUGUCAACCAGCCAAAGCCGGGCGACAAAGCGGCCGCGCAGCCGGGUGAGCCAUCCGUCUGGGGCCCUCUCCGCCCGGCUUCCGAGUCCGACUGGUUCGAGCAUGACGCCGACCCGGUCCCGCCCACGACCUACGAGCGCGACAAGCACGUCUGGGGCGUGGGUGAGGAGGCCGACCUGCUCACACUGUCGCCCAUCUUCGACCCGGAGGGUACCAGCUGGGGGCUCGCCGACGACAUCACGGGGUACAACGAGACCAUCCCCAACGGCAAGCCGCCGCGCCGCGCGCAAAUCAUCACGGCUUCGCGCAUGUCAAGGCGCCUCCUACUCGCCAUGCACCGAGAGACCGCCUUCAAGAAGCACCAUGCCUUCCCCGAGAUGUGGCCUGCCACAGUGGCCCUGCACCACGGCCUCAAAGCCGUCUUUGCCCCGCACCCGGUCUUCGUCGACCGCGCCUGGCCCCCCGACUACCUCGCGCGCGUGCUCAACGGCGGACGCAACGGCGCCUCGGGUGGUGCGCGCACAUCAGUCUACGGCGACCGCGAGCACAACAUGCGCGGGCUGACGUGGUUCUACAACGCCGGCUUCUCGGGCAACUUGUACCGCCGCUGGAUGGGCCUGCGCGUGAACAAUGACGGAGGGGAGGAGUUUGAGACCACCGUGGAUCGGAGCGCGAACGAGACAAGCGUGGGCACCAUGCGUGGCGGCGAGGGCCGGAUGUGUCUCCCGCCGAUGCUGCUGCAUCCGGUGAAGGAAGUCGAUCUGCCGGUGGAACGGCCACAGGAGCAUGCGCCGAUGCAAGAGUCGGAUCCUUCUGCUUAG